AUGUCUAAUGAAUUGCAACGCCAACACGAGGACAUAACUACUACUAGGCAGAUACUGACUCACCUACAAGAGUUGUAUGGUGAGCAGAGACGCAUAGCUCACUUCGAAGUAUCCAAACGACUCUUCAAGGUGAAGAUGCGUGAUGGACAGUUGGUCCAUGGUCAUUGUCUAACAAUGAUUAAGAACCUCGAGGAGCUUGAGAAGCUCGGAUUGUCCAUGGAUAAGGACUUGCAGAUCCAGUGCACCAUUUAUGAGUUGAUCAAUAUGCUGGUUAUAAUAGAGGGUACCUUGAAGAGUUCAAUGGGCUUUGUAUUUGCUGUGGAGCAUACUUCUUCCAAGAGAAAGUCUACUGGAAAGAAAAAGUCUGUAAAGAAGCAGAAAGUGGAGAGCAAGAAGAAGGAGGUUCCGAAGAAAAAAGCCAUCGAGAAGGAAAAGUAUUUUCACUGUGAUAAAAAUGGCGAUUGA